ACAACACAUUAGUUAUUUGCAAAUUAAUACAAGUGCCAUGGCCGCCUUCGCCUCAGCUAUCCUCUUCACCGUACACUUAGCGCUUGCAUUUCCCUUCCGCUUGUCGUCGGCGGAGGCGCCGCCACUACUCGGAGCCGUCGUUGGAGAACAACAGCCGCUCCUCGAGGAGGCGCGCACGCCCAGGUUCGUCACGUGGCUCCGCGGCGUGCGGCGCCGCAUCCACCAGCGGCCCGAGCUGGCCUUCCAGGAGCACCGCACCAGCGAGCUCGUGCGCGCUGAGCUCGACGCAAUCGGCGUGCCCUACAGGUGGCCAGUCGCCCAGACCGGCGUUGUGGCCACCAUUGCUGGUAGCGCCGGGCCCACGGUCGCGCUCCGGGCCGACAUGGACGCGCUCCCCGUGCAGGAAAUGGUCGAUUGGGCAUACAAGAGCCAAGAAAGUGGGAAAAUGCAUGCUUGUGGGCACGAUGCGCACACAACAAUGCUCCUAGGAGCUGCUAAGCUACUUCAAGCUCGGAAGGGUGACUUGAAGGGUGCUGUAAAGCUUGUGUUCCAACCAUCAGAGGAGGGCUAUGGCGGAGCCUACUACGUCUUGCAAGAAGGUGCUCUUGACGGCGUGUCAGCCAUAUUUGGCUUGCAUGUGGACCCAGCACUUCCAGUAGGUGUCGUCGCAUCAAGGCCAGGACCAUUCACAGCGACAGCGGGUCGGUUCUCUGCAACUAUUCGUGGGAAAGGUGGUCAUGCCGCAGUACCCCAUGAAUCCGUCGACCCUGUUGUGGUUGCAGCCACUGCAAUCCUCAGCCUUCAGCAAAUCGUUGCUCGUGAAGUGGAUCCCCUCCAUGGUGCAGUGGUAUCUAUCACUUUCGUGAAAGGAGGAGAAGCUUUCAAUGUUAUCCCGGAGUCUGUCACCUUUGGCGGCACAAUGAGGAGCAUGACAGAUGAAGGUUUGUCGUAUCUCAUGAAGAGGGUUAAAGAGAUUGUGGAAGGACAUUCUUCGGUACAUCACUGUACUGCUUCAUUGGACUUCAUGGAGGAGGAGAUGAGGCCAUAUCCUGCUGUGGCCAACGACGAACGGAUGUAUGCCCAUGCAAGGGCAGUGGGCGAGAGCUUGCUAGGCGAAAACCAUGUCAAGGUUGCUCCCCAAGUGAUGGGCGCGGAGGACUUUGGGUUCUACGCGCGGAGAAUGGCCGGCGCCUUCUUCACCAUUGGAGUUGGCAAUGAAAGCACCAUGGUGACUGUGCAGCAACCCCACUCCCCCUACUUUGUGAUCGAUGAGGACGCGCUUCCUGUCGGAGCUGCAUUUCAUGCUGCAGUGGCAAUCGAUUUCCUGAAGAAACAUUCGUAAACAAAAACUUAAAUAAUUAAUGGAGAGAAGUAGGCUUUUGAUUUUCUUUGGGUGUUAGAUAUGCAUGGUUUAUAUCGCUUCUUCUAUAUUAUGUUUUAGGUGUCUGAUUUUUUCUGUUGUUUAGAUGACAUGAAAUCUUUUUAUUCUUUGACUAUUGAAAAAAAAUCGUUAAUUGCA